CUGUCUCCGCCCCUUCCGGAGGGAUCUCCCCUCCCCCGCGUGGGGUUAGCUUGUUUUGCCCAAAGCUUUCCUCUCUUUAUCUCCACUAUGUUGCUCAGUUCCAGUCCCCGCCGGGGAAGCCCCACCUUACCGGGGACCCAACUCUGGCCGCCCUUAGCCCGGCUCAGGCGAGUCCCGCCUUCCUGCAGUCUGUCCUGAAGGCAAGGCAGUCCCUCUCUCCCCUGCUCCCUUCCAUCCUGCCAGGCUUCCCCUCUUCCGAUCAUCCCUGCUCUCUCGGAUCCUACUCGGUCCCCUCCUCGAAGGCCAACCUCAGGGCGCCCCACCCCUGGGCACCCCCUUUCUUAUUGUCCCACUCUCUCCCAGCCCAGCACUUCCCCUGGACGGCCCUUGGCAUAAGCUCCGCCCUUCUGGAGAGGCCGCGGCUGUUGGUGUCCGCUGUCCCACGCUCCCCUAGCCCCUCCCUUGGACAUCCCCUAGGCUGGUGAUGAAGCCCUUCCUAGUGGCAACUGGUUGGGAAUGGCUGAAGGACUAUUUACUGUUAGCGGCCUGCCGGGAGGAGGGCGAACAGAGGGAAGGGGGCGUGGCUGAGGGGGGUGGGUCCGGGCCUGGAGAGUGAAAGCGAAAGCUGGGGCCGCGAGCCCCGAGAGUCGAGAGCUAGCAACUGGGGAAGCAUGGCCAAGCCUUGUGGGGUUCGCCUGAGUGGAGAAGCCCGUAAACAGGUGGAUGUCUUCAGACAAAAUCUUUUCCAGGAGGCUGAUGACUUCCUCUCUACAUUCUUGCCACGGAAAAUCAUAUCCCUGAGUCAGCUCCUGCAGGAGGAUUCCCUCAAUGUGGCUGACCUCUCCUCCCUCCGGGCUCCUCUGGACAUCCCCAUCCCAGAUCCCCCACCCAAGGAUGAUGAGAUGGAAACAGACAAGCAGGAGAAGAAAGAAGUCCCUAAGUGCGGCUUCCUCCCUGGGAAUGAGAAGCUUCUGGCCCUGCUAGCUCUGGUGAAGCCAGAAGUCUGGACUCUCAAAGAGAAAUGCAUUCUGGUAAUCACCUGGAUCCAGCACCUGAUCCCCAAGAUUGAGGAUGGAAAUGAUUUUGGGGUGGCAAUUCAGGAGAAGGUGCUGGAGAGAGUGAAUGCUGUUAAGACCAAAGUAGAAGCCUUCCAGACAACCAUUUCCAAGUACUUCUCGGAACGUGGGGAUGCUGUAGCCAAGGCCUCCAAGGAGACCCAUGUGAUGGAUUACCGGGCCUUGGUUCAUGAGAGAGAUGAGGCAGCCUAUGGGGAACUCAGGGCCAUGGUGCUGGACCUGAGGGCCUUCUAUGCUGAGCUUUAUCAUAUCAUCAGCAGCAACCUAGAGAAAAUCGUCAACCCAAAGGGUGAAGAGAAGCCAUCUAUGUACUGAGCUAAGGACUAGAAGGAAAAUAAAUGACUUAUACUUUAUAGA